GGGGCGGAGCUCCUCUCCUGCCUGUGUGUGUGGGUGUUGACCUCUGUGGAUGAUGUCACUGUGGCUGAAGCCACCUCCCACCUGCUUGAAGCCCCACAGCAUCAUGAGUGGAACCUGCAUGACCUGUCAAUCAUCUGGAGGACACUGCUGGGGCGGGGCCUGGUCCAGCCCCUCCUCCGAAGCUUUGAGCUCUUUCUGAGGGACUGCCCCCUGGUGUUGGUGCUGAGGAUGUUUGAGCUGUGCUGUGACUACAGGAACUUUUCCGAGGCCAAAGAGAAGCUGCUGGACUUCCAGAGGACGCUCAUCACUCUGAGAAGCAGCGGCCCGGUUUCCUCCGGUGACCUCCCCCUGCAGUGGGUGGAGAGCCAGGCGUCGGUGCUGCUCCUCACGAUGCUGCAGCGCUGCUCCUCCCAGUACGACCUCCACCGCCUGCUGCAGCUGCUGGCCGACGUCGACAAGCUCCUCAAAUCCAACGGUCCAGACUUCAGGAAGCUGAGUCAGCUCAGUCAGUUGCUGCAGGGGUCAGAGGUCAGCCUUUCCCCCAGGCUUCUGCAGUGCACUUCUCCCUCUGUCCAGCAGGAGGAGUUCCAGGCUGCUGUGGAUGCUCUGCAGGCCAGGGGGCGCUACAGCCAGGCCAGACAGGUGGCUCAGCUGGCCGGACUUCCUGUCCAGCACCUGCUGCUGAACCAGCUCCUUCAGGAAGUGAACUCCCAGAAGUCCAAGCCACAGUGGAGGAGGCUGGAGACUCGAGUCAGCUUCUGGAAGAAGUGUCAGGAGCAGCUGAAGACCGACGGCACUGACCCAAGGCCGGCGUCACAGUUCUUCCUGUCACAGGCCAAAGCUCCGAGUGUGGACACUCAGACUGAGCUGCCGGACGUCCAGGAACACUGCCUCCUGCUGGGCAUCGCCGCUCACUGGCUCUCCCUGCUCGCUCCACCUCCCGUCGAUGAGCUGGAGAGCCUUGAGAAGACGCUGUGGAGGAACCAGGUCCGGCGACAAGUCCUCACCGCUGCCAUGGAGAAGGAGAGUGUUUUCAAUCUGCCGCCGCCCAGCGUCACAUCUGAAAUGAACACGUACGAGGUUCUGAUGAGGGAGUUCUCCUUCUCUAACAUCUCAGCUCUGAACACGGAGAGGUUCCUCAGUGUGGAAGGACUGCCCACUCCAUGUGAGGAGCAGCAGCAGCAGCAGCAGGAGCAGGAGGAGGUGAACGAUGGCUCGGGUUUGAGUCCAGAGGAGAGGCGAGUUUUGUCGACGUUGAUUGGUCGGUUGCUAGACAACGGCAGUGUUCAUGAAGCCAGCCGAGUCUGCCGCUAUUUCUCCCUGUACCACUCGGACGUGUGGGUGGUGCUACGCUGCCGAGGCCUGGCGUCUGGAGAGCUCCACCCCCGACCACCAGAAGAGGCAUCGGAGCCUGUGCUGAGGAGCAGCAUCGCCAGCUCUUCCUCGUUCAGCAGCCUGUCACUCGCCAUGUUCCCCCUCCCUGAAGACGAUGAUGUUGUUGUCGAGCUCCAAAGGCUCCUGGAUCAGUGUCGCCACGGCAACAAUUACUGUAAACAAGUGCUCAGCCUCUACCAACUCUCUAAGGAGCUGCAGAGCUCGUUCAGUCAGGUCUGCAGGGAGGAGCCUCGCUCCGUGCUGGAGAUGCUGCUGCUCUCGGAUCAGCCUGAGCGCUUCAGAAAGGCCCAGGCCUUCAUCAGAGCUCAGGGUCUGUCUGCAGACACCGUGGCCCAGCUCGUCUCCUCUGCUGUGGCCUACACUCUGCUGGCCUCCUCCACCCAGGACCUGCAGCCUGGUGAGAACAGACGACUUGUGUUUGGAAAGUCAGUCUAUCUGCUCCUCAAUGAUUCUAUACUACUGAACUGUGUGUGUGUGUGUGUGUGUGUGUGUGAGACAGAGACGGAGGUGUUAAGUCAGUCAGAGAGGCGGGACUCUCCCAGUCCAGCUGAGUCUCACGGCAAUGCGUUAGUCUGGUGGGAAUUAAACUGA